AUGGCUUGGGCUAAUACAGGGAUGCAAGCCCUCAUCCCAGUUGUUAACAGAUUACAGGAUGCAUUCGCCCAGUUAGGGACUUCGCUGAACUUUGAUUUACCACAAAUAGCUGUCGUGGGAGGUCAGAGUGCCGGGAAGUCGUCAGUGCUUGAGAACUUCGUUGGCCGUGAUUUUUUACCUCGUGGUUCCGGAAUUGUAACUCGACGACCUCUUAUAUUACAACUGAUUCAGGAUAGAGCUGAGUAUGCCGAGUUUCUUCAUAAAAAGGGACAGAAGUUUGUCGAUUUUGAUCUCGUGCGUAAAGAAAUCGAGGAUGAAACAGAUCGUUUGACAGGUCUUAACAAAGGCAUUUCGCCCGUCCCCAUUAACCUUCGAGUUUUUAGUCCAAACGUGUUGAACCUUACACUAAUUGAUCUGCCUGGAAUGACUAAAGUUCCAGUUGGAGACCAACCUCCAGAUAUUGAAAGACAGAUAACCGAUAUGAUACUGACAUACAUAUCUAGGGAGACCUGCCUGAUACUUGCCGUGACGCCAGCAAAUAGUGAUCUUGCGACGUCAGAUGCUUUGAAGCUAGCGAGAGAAGUUGAUCCACAAGGUCUACGAACUAUUGGAGUUAUUACAAAACUUGAUCUUAUGGACGAAGGCACGGACGCUAGAGAUAUCCUUGAGAAUCGAGUAUUUAGUUUGAGGAGAGGUUACGUUGGUGUGGUUAACAGAGGUCAAAAGGAUAUUAUGGGAAAAAAGGAUAUUAGGGCAGCUUUGGAUGCUGAAAGAAAAUUUUUCAUUUCUCACCCUGCUUAUCGGCACAUGGCUGAUAGGCUGGGGACACCUUAUCUGCAGAAGACGUUGAAUCAGCAAUUGACAAAUCAUAUAAAAGAUACUCUUCCCGCGUUAAGAGACUCUCUGCAGAAAAAAUUAUUUGCAUUGGAAAAAGAUGUAGCUGAAUACAAAAAUUUUUCUCCAAACGAUCCAUCUAGAAAAACAAAACAGUUUACUGUUGAUAUUGAGCGUUCUAUUGAGGGCUCUUCAGCGAAAACUGUUAGCACAAAUGAGCUCUCUGGUGGUGCACGAAUUAACCGACUGUUUCAUGAAAGAUUUCCGUUUGAAAUCGUGAAGAUGGAAAUUGAUGAAAAGGAAAUGCGUCGGGAAAUACAUAUAGCAAUAAGAAAUAUUCGAGGUAUCCGAGUAGGGCUUUUUACGCCAGAUAUGGCUUUUGAAGCUAUAGUGAAGAAGCAGAUAGAACGUUUGAAAGAACCUUCAUUAAAAUGUGUCGAUCUCGUGGUUAAUGAACUUGCUAAUGUUGUUCGCCAGUGCACAGAAUGCGUGGCUCGGUAUCCACGAUUAAGGGACGAAAUUGAAAGGAUCGUGACUACAAAUAUGAGGGAGAAGGAGCAAAUUGCCAAACAGCAAAUAUCGAUGAUUGUUGAUUACGAAUUGGCGUACAUGAAUACUAACCAUGAAGAUUUUAUCGGAUUUUCUAAUGCGGAAGCCAAAGCAUCAUCUGCUCAAACCAAAAAGAAUCUUGGGAACCAAGUAAUCAGAAAAGGCUGGCUUUCUGUCCACAAUAUUUCAUUUGUUCGAGGAUCAAAAGAUUGUUGGUUUGUCCUGACAUCUGACAACCUUUCAUGGUACAAAGACGAUGAGGAGAAAGAAAAGAAGUAUAUGUUACCAUUAGAUGGUAUUAUGCUGCGCGAUCUCGAGGCUGGAUUUAUGUCACGGCAGCACAAGUUUGCCCUCUUCUAUCCGGAUGGAAAGAAUAUCUAUAAAGACUACAAACAGUUAGAAUUAAGUGCGAGUAACUUGGAUGAGGUUGACGCUUGGAAGGCUUCAUUUUUACGUGCUGGCGUUUACCCAGAAAAGGAGAAACCAACUGAAGAAAAUGGAAGGACUGAAGAAGAGACAUCUCUUGAUCCUCAGUUGGAGCGCCAGGUGGAAACCAUCAGAAAUCUUGUUGACUCUUAUAUGCGAAUCGUUACAAAAACGAUCCGGGAUCUUGUCCCAAAGGCUAUUAUGUUUUUAAUAGUCAACAAGGUCAGUAGCUUCUUGCGCGAUGGAGAACUUUUGGCUUCCUUAUAUCAGAUUGGAGAUACGGAGUCUUUGAUGGAGGAAAGUCAGCUUGAAGCACAGAAAAGAGAAGAAAUGUUACGGAUGUAUCACGCUUGUAAAGAAGCGUUGAGGAUUAUUGGGGAAGUUAAUAUGACUACUGUUGCCACUGAAGCACCACCCGCUGUCAGCACCGACUGGAUGAGGUCGAAUGGUCCGUCGCCAGUACCCCGGCCAGCACCACAGCCUCCUACAGGACAGCGUCCUGCUCCAAUGCCUCCACGUUCCGCUAACCAGAGUGCCCCAUCGUUUGCUAACCGGCCACUACCAACUGCACCGGGUCUUCCCGCACCUCUGCUACCAACGUAA